AUGCCUUUGAAUGUUAUGAAAGGAAAGUCGGUUGUAUCCGCAAAUUCAGUCAGUGAUUCUCAUGCGACAGUCAAUGCUUCAGGCAAAACGGCGCUAGAUACAGAUGAUAUCGAUGAAAAUGACGAGUCCGGCCAAAGUAUCUUGCUCGGAAUCAUUUCGCAGCUGAAGCCCGGAUGUGAUCUUUCGCGGAUCACUCUUCCAACCUUUAUUUUGGAGAAGAAAUCGAUGCUCGAGAGAAUAACAAACCAACUUCAGUUUCCGGAUAUUUUAUUGGAUGCCCACGAAGAGAAAGAUGAACUUCGGAGGUUUAUAAAGAUUGUGAAAUGGUAUCUUUCCGGCUGGCACAUUGCCCCGAAAGCUGUGAAGAAACCUUUAAAUCCUGUACUCGGCGAAUAUUUUACCUGCUAUUGGGAUCUUCCUAACAAACAGCAGGCCUUCUAUUUCUCUGAGCAGACCAGUCAUCAUCCACCUAAAUCUUCCUACUUCUACAUGAUUCCAGAAUCAAACAUAAGAGUUGAUGGUACAACGAUUCCGAAAUCCAAAUUCUUGGGCAAUUCCACUGCAGCUAUGAUGGAGGGCUUGACCGUGCUACAGUUUCUGGACAUCAAAGACUCCGAUGGGAAGCCCGAAAAGUACACAUUGAGCCAGCCAAAUAUGUACGCGAGAGGAAUCCUAUUCGGUAAAAUGAGGAUAGAGCUUGGGGAUCAUAUGAUUAUCAAGUCUUCCAAAUAUAAGAUUGACAUUGAAUUUAAGACAAAGGGUUUUAUCUCAGGAACCUAUGAUGUCAUUGAGGGCACUGUGAAGGAUCACUCAGGAAACGAAUACUAUGAGAUUACAGGUAAAUGGAAUGAUGUUAUGUACAUUAAGGAUUUGAGGAAAAAGAGUGCCAAUACAGUUUUGUUUGAUACCAAUAAAGCGGAGCCUUUGAAACCGCUUGUUCGCCCUAUUGAGGAACAGGGAGAGUUUGAAUCCAGGAAGCUCUGGAAAAAGGUCACAGAGGCGUUGGCCAAACGAGACCACACCACAGCGACCAAUGAAAAAUUCGCUAUUGAAGACGAGCAGCGUCAGCUGGCAAAGAAGAGAUUGGAGGAAAAUUCAGAAUUUCAUCCCAAGUUGUUCAGGCCUGCCGAUAAUGCUGAAGAUGACCUGGAAUACUACAUCUAUAAAAGGAUACCAUCAGAGGCCAGUCACGAGGACCAAAUAAGAGGCAUUUUGGAAAUCGCACCAGUUUUACCAGGCCAGCAAUUUACGGAAAAGUUCGGUGUAUCGGGGCACAAGAAGCACCAACUACAAAGUCAUGCAGAGUCAUCAUAA